AUGAUUGCGGAAAAUUUGUUUCAACUGGUCGAAAAAGUUUACCGUACCUGGUUCCAGCCAAUAAAACCAAUUCAGAGCUGCCCCAUCCAAGGUAGAUGGGAACAACAGGCAUUUGCCUUCAUCGGUUGGUGUCCGGAUUUGAUUCUGCUCUUCCUCAAUCCGAUUGACUUUUUGAAGGAGGAGGCGGAUUGUAGGAUCGGUAUGAGGGAGGUUGGUCCCGAAGGGUUCUGCCGUUUGGGGGCCGGUUGGGAGGCGACCCUCGUGUCCUUAUGCCUCGUGGCCCGCCGUCGGACGUUCUUGCCGCCGAUCGUUCCUUCUGGCCAAUCCGGAUGUCGUCGACUGGCGUGA